AUGGCGCCUGCCGGUGGCGGUAAUAUCAAGGUGGUGGUGAGAGUUCGGCCCUUUAACGGCAGAGAAAUCGAUCGCGGGUCAAAAUGCAUCGUCAGCAUGAAAGAGAACCAGACCGUUCUCACCCCACCCGAGAGCCAGGGAGCACGGGGAGCCAAGGAAAACGGGGCCAAGACGUUCGCCUUCGACAGGUCAUACUGGUCCUUCAACAAGCACGACUCGAGCUACGCUGGGCAGUCCAACCUCUUUGACGACUUGGGGAAGCCUUUGCUCGACAACGCGUUCCAGGGCUAUAACAACUGCAUCUUUGCGUACGGGCAGACAGGUUCUGGAAAGUCGUAUUCCAUGAUGGGCUACGGGAAGGAGGUCGGAAUCAUACCAAACAUUUGCCAGGAAAUGUUCAGCCGCAUACAGUCGAUACAGGAGGGUGACAAGAGCACCAAGUGCACGGUCGAGGUCUCCUACCUCGAAAUCUACAACGAGCGCGUGCGCGACCUGCUGAACCCGGCCACCAAGGGCAACCUCAAGGUCCGAGAGCAUCCAUCCACCGGGCCCUACGUCGAGGAUCUCGCCAAGUUGGUUGUCGGCACGUUCCAGGAAAUCGAGAACCUCAUGGACGAGGGAAACAAGGCCAGGACGGUGGCGGCGACAAACAUGAACGAGACGUCGAGUCGAAGUCACGCCGUCUUCACUCUCAUGCUCACCCAAAAGAAGUAUGACGCUGAGACAAAGAUGGAGAUGGAAAAGGUCGCCAAGAUCAGCCUUGUCGAUCUGGCUGGUUCCGAGAGAGCAACGUCGACGGGUGCGACGGGCGCCCGGCUGAAAGAGGGCGCUGAAAUCAACCGCUCGCUCUCGACGCUCGGGCGAGUCAUCGCUGCCUUGGCUGAUUUGUCGACGACAAAGAAGAAGAAGGGCGCAAGCCAGGUUCCGUAUCGAGACAGUGUUUUGACAUGGCUGCUCAAGGACUCUCUCGGUGGCAACAGUAUGACGGCUAUGAUAGCGGCCAUCAGCCCCGCAGAUAUCAACUACGACGAGACGCUCAGCACGCUGCGGUACGCCGAUUCGGCCAAGCGAAUCAAGAAUCACGCCGUCAUCAACGAGGACGCCAAUGCUCGCAUGAUUCGGGAACUCAAGGAGGAACUUGCUCUGCUGCGGAGCAAGCUUGGUGGUGGCGGCACUGCUGCUCCCGGCAGUGCCGCGUUGCCUCCGGAUGAGGUGUACGCCGAAGGCACCCCUCUGGAGAAGCAAAUGGUUACCAUCACCGGCCAGGACGGAAUGGUCAAGAAGGUGUCCAAGGCCGACAUCGCCGAGCAGCUAAGCCAGAGCGAGAAGCUCCUCACCGACCUCAACCAGACAUGGGAACAGAAGCUGCAAAAGACCGAAGAGAUCCACAAGGAGCGUGAAUCUGCGCUGGAGGAGCUGGGAAUCAGCAUCGAAAAGGGCUUCAUUGGCCUACACACGCCCAAGAAGAUGCCCCAUCUGGUCAACCUCUCGGAUGAUCCCCUCCUUGCCGAGUGCCUGGUCUAUAACCUCAAGCCCGGAACGACAACCGUGGGCAAUGUUGACACCAAUGCCGAUCACCAGGCAAAUAUUCGCCUCAACGGGACGCGAAUUCUGCAUGACCACUGCACGUUCGAAAACGGCGCCGACGGUACCGUUACGGUGAUACCACGAGAGGGCGCAUCCGUGAUGGUGAACGGCAAGAGAAUCGCAGUACCAAAGCAGCUGCACUCUGGCUACCGAGUGAUUCUUGGAGACUUCCAUAUUUUUCGAUUUAACCAUCCCAUGGAAGCGAGAGCAGAACGGGGCGAAAUCCAAGCUCUGGACCGAACAUCCCCCUGUUCCAGUCCGCGGCCAGGCCAUGACCGGUCCGCCAGCAAGACCUCAGACUAUGGCGACUUUCGGCCAGAAUCGCCGUCCCUCUUUGCCCGCAACGGCAGAGACUCGGAUUGGUCCCUGGCCCGGCGGGAGGCCGCUGGUGCUAUCCUCGGGACUGACCAGAAUUUCGCGAGCUUGACGGACGAGGAGCUAAAUGCCCUGUUUGAAGAAGUCCAGAGAGCGCGUGCUGAACGAGUUAACCUCCGAGAAAAGUACAUGUCGACUGGAACAAUCGACAACUUCUCACUUGAUACUGCCCUAACAAUGCCGUCUACGCCGAAGCAGGGGGAAGCCGAAGAGAAGUUGAGAGAGGCACGGGAAGAGAUGCAAAGCCAACUGGAAAGACAAAAGGAGGAGUUUCAGGAACAGCUCAAAAGCGCGGAGGCCUCGAAUGUCGAGGUGGAGGAGAUCAAGCGAGAAAAGACGAAAAUGGAGGCGGCGCUCCAGGAGCUCAAGGAGGACAUGCAGAAGCAACUCAAUCUACAACGCAAACAGUACGAAGACAAGAUUGAGCAAAUGGACCCGUUGAAGCGACCGAGGCCGAACCCAAAGCUCUCCGACGAGGAAGUCGAGCGUGCCAAGUCCGCCUUGAAAGUGUGGCGGGGCCGCCAUUUUGUCAAGAUGGCCGAAUCAGCCCUCCAGAAUGCCGCCAUUCUGAAGGAGGCGCAAAUCAUGAGCAACGAGCUCAACGAGAACGUGGUGUUUCAGUUCACCGUCGUCGACGUCGGGCAUGUCUUGUGCUCUUCCUACGACAUGGUCCUCAACGGUCUGACGGGUGAAGGUGAAGAUGCCGCAUUGGAAGAGGCCCAGAAGCCCUGCAUCGGGAUCCGUGUCAUGGACUACAAGAACAGUGUUGUUCACCUCUGGAGUGUCGAGAAGCUGCACGACCGCGUGCGCCAGAUGCGCCAGAUGCACCAGUACCUUGACCAACCCGAGUACGCCCAGCAUCUGAGCCUCGACAACCCAUUCGUGGAAACUUGCAUGCCGUCAUACACACUGGUUGGCGAGGCCGAUGUCCCACUCAAGGCCGUGUUUGAGAGCCGAGUCCAGGACUUUUCCCUCGAUGUGCACUCGCCCUUCACGUCGCACGCCGUCGGCAUCAUCAAGCUGUCCCUUGAGCCGUCCCACGCACGAGCGCCCUCGAACACGUUGAAGUUUAAUGUCGUCAUGCGCGAGCUAAUUGGCUUCGCAGAGCGUGAAGGAACCGAGGUGCAUGCCCAACUCUUCAUUCCGGGUGUCUCGGAGGAGGAUGGAGUGACGACAACCCAGAUGAUACAGGACUUUGACGAAGGGCCGAUUCGCUUCGAAAGCGUCCACAACAUGAGCGUCCCGCUCUUUGCUCCCCAGGACGUGACGUUGAGGGUCGCCAUCUUUGCCCACGUCUCGACAAUGCACUUGGAUAAGCUCCUCAGCUGGGACGACAUGAGAGAUGCGGGUCCCUCACGGGACGGUCCGAAGGGGACAAGAAUCAGCGAAUCGCAGUUCUUCACCCAGGAAAAGCACGACCUGCUCUCUCGAGUGCAAGUCAUGGAACUCAAUGAGAAUGGCGACUACCAGCCAGUCGAGGUCACGCAGACUAGUGAGCUGGAUACUGGCACUUUCCAACUACACCAAGGCCUGCAGAGACGGAUCGUGAUCAACCUUUCGCACAGCUCCGGUGACGCCCUGCCAUGGGGAGAUGUCACAGCAGUGCGAGUCGGAAAGAUUCGACUUGUCGAUUCGGCGGGCAAGACUCCAGACAUGGGCGCCAACCAGCCAGACAUUACUCUUAAGCUAUCCUCGAGCCCCGUCUUCCGCGAGAAUGCAAACGGCACGAGGAGCAUCACCAUAUUCGCGCAGUGGGAUUCGAGCCUGCACAACUCGCUAUUGCUCGACAGAGUAACUGCAGAAAAGUACCGCGUACAGAUGACCGUUACCUGGGAGAUCAGUUCCGAAAAGCUGGCCGAGCCGAUGAGAUUUGCGCAAAAGGUGUGCGUUCAGAUUCUGUCGAGGACAUUUGUUCGUCAGACGUCCGUCUUUUCUUCCCUGUUCCAGAACGUGAGAUUUGUGCAGUCUUCAACGGGCAUCUUCACCCUGACCAUGAGGCCGGCCCCCAUCAAAAGAGUUGGGGACCUGUGGCGGAUGAACAGUCGGCACGAUUACGUCAAAGGUGAAGAGAAUCUGACAAGUUGGGCCCCACGCGGAGUCUCGUUGGUGAGCGACUUUAUCCUGGCUCGAAAGAAGAGAAGACGCAUUGCCGAAAUUGGCGUGAUACAGACCUCGUUGAACAAGCUCGACGCCCCUAGCGCGAGACUGGUGGAUUCCAGGCACGAAGGCCCUGAACCGGAGCCACUGCCCGAAGCGCGCUCCGUCUUACCAGAUGACGAUGACGACCUCCUCAACGAUACCCCCGACACGUCGCAAGCGCCAUCUAUCGAUGAAGAUGACAAAUCCGAGGGGCAGCUAGAGGAAGUCACCCUCAAGGUGGAGGAGCAGGGGUCGCUCGCAGAGACACAGGAGUAUGGCGCGCGGGGGGCCGAGUUGCUGAAAAGGUGCCUGUCGCUCUGGACCAAGUACCCCGACCCGUUGUCGAGCAUUCUGAGUCCGGCCAACACGGCACCGCCCCGGAACGGCAUCACGCCGGACUCGCCGCCCCCGCCCAGCCUCAUCACGACCAUUGUCCGAGUGCCGAAAAACCCAAAAGUGCUCAAAGGUGGCUACCUACUCGUGCCCAACAGCGAUUCAACGCGAUGGAUCAAGCGGUUCGUCGAACUCAGGCGGCCCUACCUCCACAUCCACUCGGCGACAGACGGCGACGAGGUGGCGCUGGUCAGCCUCAGGAAUUCACGCGUCGACAGCCAGCCCGGCGUUCUCGGGAUCCUCCACGGGCCGGCGGGCGAGGACGACGGGUCGCAGGGCCCCAACAACACCCCCGACUUUACCCCGGGGCAUCGUCGCACAGGCUCGGGCAGGGUCAUCUCGACCAUCUGGACGGGCGCGGCCGGUGGAGGGGCGCCGUCGUCGGGCGGGCCGGGCCUCCAGCGCCUCAGCGAGCGGCUGCAGUCGGCCGUGUUUGCCAUCUACGGGACGGACAACACGUGGCUAUUUGCCGCGCGCAGCGAGCGCGACAAGAUGGAUUGGAUCUUCCGCAUCGACCAGACGUAUCUAUCCAACAGCGAGAGUACGCCGAACAGCGGCGUCAUGAGCCCGUACAGUGGGAGUCAGUACUAA